AUGUCACUAUACUCUGAAAUUGUGUCUGACCAGGUGCCAGCCGCCAUCUCGGCAGUUAGGAGCCAUCUUGCAAAAUGGAGUCCCUCUCAGGUGGCUCGGAUUGUUUUCACUGAGUUCAUCGCCUUCUUAAGGAAGUACUGGGCAUGGGCCAUGUACUUCAUCAUUAUCAGAAAGCUAUACCGCAUCUUGAGCCGUACGAACAAGCGCUCCUCGAAGCCAAGUCGGAUCAAGAGGUCCUCUGUCUCCAUUCCUGACAGCAACGAGUCUGUCGCCGACUUGGUGUCCACUCCCCGUUCAGUGGAUGUUUCCUUGCUCACUGACACUGCCGAAUAUGUGCCGUCAAAAAAUCAGAUGAUCGUCGGCGAUGGCGUCAUCGUCAUAAAUCGUAAUGACCGUUACGUUGAGGUGUACGAGCGCAAGAACGUCGCGAAAGUAGGCAAUGUUGAGGCAGAGGUCAAAGCACUGCUUAAGGAGUUUGCUGCUCGGAGCAGCAAAUGA